AUGUCCUCAACUCUUUUAAUUUGUCAUCUUGGAGCAUUAUCUAGUGCGAUAGAUAAAGGUGCAUGUUAUAGGCAUGCACUGAUAGAUUCUGGAGUUCAACAACCUCGCGCAUAUACAGUUGAUAGGCAACGAACAAUUGAUGAUUUGAUAACUUUUAUAAAGAAUAGACCGGAAAUGAUUGAAAAGGAAGCUAAUUGGCUGAAAGAAGUUAAAGCUGAUAUUGUAUUAUCAGAUGCGCCAUUUUUACCAUGUGCUGCUGCAUCAACAGCAGGAAUACCGUCAGCGAUUGUUAGCAAUUUUACAUUUGAUGCAGUGUAUAAUGGGUUAUGCGAAGGAGAUGAAUUAGAUAUUACUAUCAAAAAACUCGUAGAACAAGUUAUAGAAGAUUACAAAAAUUCAGGAUUACUAAUCAGGCUACCAGUAGUAAGGAAAAGCAAAACACCAAGAGACAUUGUAUUGAAAAACCUUGGAAUACCAGAAGAAAUAUUUACAACACAUAAAGUUUUAAUGGUAUCAUUUGGAGGACAAAAUUUAGUUGAUAUAGAAAAAUGGGGAAAUCCAUUACCUGAUAAUUGGAUUGCAAUUGUCUGUGGUGGUUCAUGUGAUAAAUUACCAGAAAAUUUCUACAAUUGCCCAAAAGAUGCUUAUAUACCUGAUUUAACUAAUGCAGCUGAUGCUGUAAUGGGUAAAUUAGGAUAUGGUACUUGCUCAGAAUGUAUUGGACAUUCAAAACCCUUUAUUUAUGUUCCAAGACCUCAAUUUAUAGAAGAGUUAGGUUUGCUUAAAUUAAUGCAGUUUCAAGGCAUAAGUUUAGAAAUGUCUAGAGAAAAAUUUGAAAAUGGAGAAUGGAAAUCACAUAUAUUAGAAGCUUACAAUAUGUCAAAAAAUACAAAAAAAAGGCAUAAACCAAAAAUCGAAAAAUUAAAACAUAAUGGAGGAAAAGUUGCAGCUGAAAUAUUAGAAAAAUAUUUGGACGAGAAAUAUAAUGAUGACAAAAGUAAUAGCAAUAGCAAUAGCGUUUCUGUUUUUGCAAGUUUAAAAGAACUAAGAAACAAGAAACGAAAAUCAACUUCAUUAACUAGUACCAAGAAUACUAAUAAUGAUGAUAAUAAUAAAAAUAUUAUUAUUAUGUCUGUUUCAUGA